UUGAAAAUUGGCAAUAAAUGGUGAGUAUUUCCGGGUAAAUUAUGUUCAAAUCUGUAAAAUUCGGCAUGCGUCAUCGAACAAAAAUAGCAUUCGCAGCUCGGGGCCCAAAUAAUGUCGUCUAACCUCAACUAAAAGUGCCAAGCCAAAGUGAAAGAGUCGGAAUUUUUUCGCACGAAUUUUUUUUUCAACGUCAAACAAUGGCGUUUUCAUACGUAACAUUUGGCAAAAUUAGAAAUCCGCUGUGGCGAAACUUUAGCAUGGGGUUUGGCACGAUGACAUUGUUGCUGAAGCAGCUCGAAUGGCAAACGGAGCCUUGCGAAUUCUAUUUUUGCGGUGAAAAUAUGCGAUGAUACUGAUGUACGUGUCUUCCGUAGAUACAGGGCACGCAGAAAAAGGAGUAAAUAAAUGACAAAAGGCAAAAAUGGAACAAAAUAUCGAGUGUUACACAACGUUGGAGUGGACCACGGAGGAAGUUCCGCACGAAGGACAAGCAAAUUCCGGGAGUUAUAUCGUGGAAACGGGAAAUUUGAAUGAAAUUGACCCGAAUCACUUGAUUUACAUGACGGAAGACGGGCAACGGAUCGGCAUGGAUGACCUUAUCGAGGAGGAACAAGGCAGUCCGCAGGAAGAUGGCACUUCCGUUGACACAUAUACGCAAGAGGAAUGCGAAAUUACGGAAGAAGUAGUCACCCAGGAUUGGGUUCAAGGCGACGAUUGUGUCCAAGAAGUCACGGUAAUCGAUCAAAUCGACCCCGUAGAGCAGAAUUUAAACGCUUCCGAUAUAAUUCCCUUGCCCGAAGCACAAGACGAGUACACAGCGUCACGCCCUUACCCCUGUGACUUUUGUUCCCGUCGUUUUCGCAAGAAAGCAAAUUUAAUGAAUCACAUGAUUGCCCAUCAAAAUGAUCGUCCGCACGGAUGUAACUUGUGCGGAGCCCGAUAUAUCCGAAAAAGUGACUUAUUGAACCACUUGAAGACCCAUGCCUACACCGAAGACGGUUACAACCAAGAAGAUCAGGAUCUGGUGAACUUUUUGGACGAAGAAUUGAACGACAGUGCCAACAGAAAUUCGCAUAGCGGCAAGAUGAACAUCGAUUUGGAAGAACUUUUGCUUAGUCCAGGCACUUUUAACAGUUCAAUCAACUCUUUUUCGCACCAACAGCGCUCCAGUAACGCAAAUCGCAUGAAAAAACCCAUGAGUCGUCCGAUCACGAAGGCAAGACAAUUGCCCCUGCACAGUACAAAAGUACAAAAAAAGAGACCAAAACCCAAAACGCACACAAUGCGGAUGCCAACAAAGCUGAAUGUGAGUAACGAUGAGGCUGAAGAGGCACCUACGAAGUUUCCCGUUACAAAUCCGUCAAAACCGUUCGUUUGUCAAAAGUGUGGAGUGGCAUUUGCGCGAUCCAAGGCACUCACGUCGCAUAUGAGAUUCCAUACAGGUGAUAUUUUGCACGAAUGCACCGUUUGUGGGCAACAAUUUUACGAUAAAGUGCUUUAUCAGAAGCAUCAUGCGAAGCAUUUUGACGAAACAAUCGAUCCGCCGGAUCUAGAUUCGUUAUCGACGUUCAAAGAGCAACCUGUUGUCGUGAAAGACGAAUAUGAUGAAGAAGCAACUGAAUCCGAACGAGAAGUCGGCGGAAACUACGAAGACACACUAUUCGAAUGUCAAAUGUGCCUAAUUUCCUUCCAUCGCGCCGAUUUAUUCGAAAAACACAUGAUGGCUCACGAAACUUCCGCUCUCAUCAAAAAAUCUCACGACUUUAGCAACUCUUCGUUAGACGUUUCCCGCGAAGGUCACUUUUGCAACGUUUGCGGCGAUCAAUUCGAAGAAGCCCUGGAUUUAUUGGCACACGCAGAAGUUCACGCGAGAUUCCAACCGCUCAAGUGCCUUUUGUGCGGCGAGCAAUUCAACGUCGAGUCCGAAAUAAAAAUGCACAUAAACGAGAUGCAUCGCGCAGAAUUGACUGAAAACACGUGUCGCUUAUGCGGAAAGCUAUGCAAAGAUGGUCGAACCUUGAUGCGUCAUUCGUGGGAUCAUUCAACGGGCGACGGGAAUUUUUCGUGUGCUCGAUGUGCGAAAACGUUUCACAACAAAGCCCGUCUCAAGCGACACAUGACUUCGCAUAAAAACAAAACCGUGAUGUGUGAUACGUGCGGCAAGGAGCUGCAAGAUGGGCGAAGUUUGAUGAAUCACAAGCAUUUGCACACGAAAAGCAACCAAUUUCACUGCACGGAAUGCGGCAAAACGUUCGGAAGUCGCAGUUCGCAGCAAAUUCACAUGCGAAUUCACACCGGAGAGAAGCCCUAUGGGUGUCGUUAUUGCGAAAAGGCCUUUGCGGAUGGCGGAACAUUGCGAAAACACGAGAGAAUUCACACGGGCGAGAAACCCUAUGCAUGUCCCGUGUGCCCACGUGCCUUUAAUCAACGUGUUGUCUUGCGCGAACACAUCCGCUCGCAUCAUUCAGCUCCUGACCUGAAACUAGGGACUUCUGUGGCGCCCUAUUUCUGUCCCGUUUGUUGUGAUUCCUUCACCAAUUCGCAAGACCUCAUCAAGCAUCUCAUUGAACACAGCGAUGCCAAUACCCAAGCGAAGCGACAACCCCUACAAGGUCCCCGCAAAUACAAAAGACGUCGAAAUUUGGAAACUUUCGUCGGAAAACGCGCAAAUCCCGUUCGCAAAAGUUCCUCCAUGGAUUUCGACGACGACAACUUGGAUGACGAAACCACGACGUCGCAAGAAAUGUCGAUCGAGGACUACGCCGCCUACAGUUUUCGUACAUUAGUGCCAUUAAAACCGAUUCUCGAGGAUUUCCGUCUUCCGGAACAGUUUGUGCCGGAAAAUGAGCGUCCCAAAGCCGUUUUUAGCAAUAACUCCAAGACAUCAAGACCAAAGAUGAUCCACACAGAAAAAACGCGAGUCGCUACUAAUGAUGGGAGUAAGAGGAAAACACGUUCGUUCAUCAGCAAGACAACCAAAGACGUGGAUUAUUUGACUUUGGCACCGCCUCCGUCGAAAUUGAAGCCCGAUGACGAAUCGUUUCCCUUGCUGGACGACGGAAAACCCUUGACUGUCGAUGCGCCAUUAACUGUGGAUGAAGAACUUCUGCGAGAAAUCGGCAAAUCCACGAAAAAUUUCAACAGUGACGUCGUCAAUGACUUGAAAGAGAUCCUUCAGUCGCCCGCGAAAGUUCCAAAAGUCGAAGUAGAAGAGGAAGAAAGUCCAGGAACAACGAGACGUUCGCGUCGUUCUAUCAAACCAACGUUAAAAGCAAUGGAAUCUCCCUCCAUUCGCACGUCUUAUAGCAGUCGCAUUCGCAUCCAACCACGCAAAGAGGUAGAAAUCAAACAAGAAGUUGAUCUGGAAGACGAGCAACACGACUGCGAAAUGUGCGGAGAUAGUUUCCCGUCAAAGGGAUUGUUGUUAGCACAUGCCCAAAUUCAUAUGUAGAUUUAAAAAAAAAAUAUUUUUAAAUAAAAAAAAUCAUUAGUUCAUAAGAGAGAGUUUAAUGUUAUGUUUCCAACGCGAAA